CACCUCAAAAACCUAUAUUAUACAUACAAUCCAGUUUAAGCUUAGAAAACUACCGGAUCAUCCCGCCUUAUUUCAACCGCAAGUGAAAAGACGGAACAGAAACCGUUGAACAUGGAGGAUAACAUUUCUUCAUCAUCAACACCAACAAUCCAAGGUCAAAAACGCCGUCGUCAGGAAGACAACGAACCUGAAACCAGCGAGGACGUCGAUCAAACUCCAUUACUCGAGGAAAGUCUCAUUUUUAGCGACACAUUGGUGGCGCUGCGCAUCAUGCGAGCUCAAUUUCCUCGAAUUGACAAGGUCUCGAUUCGACCAUUCAUCCUACGUUCGCAAUUAUACAGCAGUGUAAAAGACAGGACACUAGUUGAUAGAGAACUAGAGUCUUUAAGAAGGGAGAGACAAUUGCGUAUUUUUAAACUUAACACCGGACAGGACGAUCAUGCUAUAAUGUUUUUAGAUGACUAUCUAGCUCAGAUGGAUCGUGUUGUGAAGCCAAUGGAAGAGAAAAAGCAAGAACAUUCUGAUGUUUUUGAGUGGUUUAGAACUCAUGUUAUUGAUGUUAAAUUGGAACCUAGUAUUGGCCAUCAAGAGCUUUGCUUGCUCUUAUCCGAAGGUGGAAAGGUGAAGGAUGAACACAUUUCGCUUUUGAUCAAUGCUGGUCUUCUUACUCGCCAACUGAUUGACCCAAACAUGUACUGGUUUGCAAUUCCAAACAUUGGCUCAAUACUUAAGGGCCUUUCUCAGGGUAGAAAGGAGCUGUUAUCUCUUUUAAGCCGCAGGAGAUAUAAAGAAAUGAUGUUGGCUCCUUUAGAGAAGAAGCGUCUUCGAUUCUCUCUACUCGACAUGAGAUUUCACCUCCGUGACCUGAUUGGUUCAGGUCACCUAAAAACUAUCAGUACCCCAACUGGCUUAGUCGUUCGUGUUUCAAAGGAUUAAAAGUCAAAACCUCCAGCCACAAGUGCCUUGCCAAAUUUAUAACUCAUGUGUGCUGGUCUUGAUUCUUGGUAACCGGUUUCAUCGCGUUCUCUCUAACUGCUCCACUUUUAAUGAUGUUGUCAAGUUAUCAUCUGUCAAUGACAUGAGUGAUAACUCUUCCCCAGGUUAGCAGUGAGCACAAACAAAGGAUUCAGCAAUCACAUGGAUCAGUACAAGUAAAUGCAUGCAAGAUGAUGCGAGGGUCUCUUCUGCCAGGUUCUGUAUUCGAUUAUUCCUUUGAUUAAUUGAUAAAUGUAAGUUAUAGAACAUUAAAACUCAUACCAUUUCAGCAUCUAAGAGCAUGCAAUGGUUAUUAAGUAUAUAUCUAUUCAGUGGGUUGAUUUUCCUGUAUCUUUUAAAUCUAACACUCCGGCUUUUUUAGUUGAACUAUAGAUUACAAUUUACAAUGUAGUAAACUAUGCAUGAAAUAAUAUGGUUUGACUCAGAAAA